UAGUCAACUGAGAGACAUUGAAAGACAUUUUGGAUAUAAAAUUGACUUUUAUUCAGACGGAUAACAGCAAACUCUUGUCAACUGGUACCAUAAAAUGGAUGAUGACCAUUUAAAGAACCCUAUAAUUCUGGUGAUGCAUUAUGGGAGAUUCUGGAUCAUUGGAACCAAUCAGUGAGUCAGAGCACCGUGAUAGAGGUCGGAUACGUAUGUGCCGCGUCUGCAAGUACACAACCACAGACGGUAAAGAGUUCUCUCAUCAUCAGCUUAAUGCCCAUAAAGAGAUUGUGACGUCACAGUACGAGUGUGAAGAUUGCGAUUUUUUAACAUUGUCUAAUAUUGAGUUUGCCCGCCACAGGAAGUCACAUAUUCGAAACAGCAGAAGUAGCAUCUCAUCGAGAGUUGGCAGAGAGAUGCAAAGAUCUGAAGAAGACAGCAAAAUGCCUCCAACCAAUGAAGAAGACAUCAUGAUGGAGGAAGGGAACAAUGAGUCUAAACUGGAUGACACCUUUGAAGAUGAUGCUCUUGUUAUUGAUGAGCACGUAGCAGAGUCUAGUCACGCCUCAACUGGCGCUACCUCAGGGAUUGAAUCACGCAAAUAUACUUGUCAGAGUUGUGAUUUUAGCACAGUACAUUAUACUGAUUAUAUGGAGCACCAAACGCAAGAGCAUCAGGACUUUGAAAUAUAUGAAUGUGAGUUUUGUGAUUUUGCGACUAAAGACAGAAACGUUCUUGCCACUCAUGAUUGUGCGAAAGAAAAUGAAAAAGAGGCUAUUGAGGAAACUCAGGAGCGCCCUGAAUCUGAAGCGAGGGCUUAUGAAGAAGAGGAUGAUGAAACCGUUCCUUCACCACAGUCUUUAGGCCCACCUAUUUGUGAAUUUGAGAAUGUUUCAGACAAUACGCAAGAUUCAGGACCCUUCGUGACCCCAUCAAGAACACCCCAUGUAGUAGAACAGGCACACAAUGAACAUUACAAUGAGGGUAAAUUCCUGGAAAUGGUCAAACCACGUAGUAGAAUCAUCCGCCAAGAAGUAGAUCCGGCAAAAUACACCCAGAUUAAUACGCUAGAGGGUAUUCGCUACUCAUGUUCUAACUGCGGAAAUGUCUACAAAUGGAGAAAAUCUCUAAACAAGCAUUGGAAGGAAAAGCAUUAUGGGGAGACGCCUACAUCAUCUGUGCCCCUCAAGGUGCCCAAGUUUAUCCCAUCAGGCCUCGUCAGUGCUGUAGGCCCCUUGCAAAGACCUAGGAAGUCUCCGAUAUCAUUUGCACCAAGACUUCCCUCUCAGUCUCCGUCUGCUAGAAGUACCCCUACUGACAUCUAUAGGCGUGUAACAACACCAGAACUACCACUGCAAAUGCAGGGAGGUCAGAGGGAUUCCCCAUUCUCUCCUAACCAUUUCCCGGGAAUGUACGGCUUCCCAAUACCAGUGGCGUCACCUCAAGAUGAAGCCCCACUGGAUCUCACAAAGAAAGCAGAGCCAUCUAUCCAGGUGCGCCCAAGGAUGAGUCCACCUGAACUUGUGAUCCCUAAACCCACACAUCUGUUGAAUGAUGUCCAGCGUAGCGUAUUUGCGAUUCCACAGGAAGAACCAAUCGAUUUCUCCAGCAAGCACCUCAUAAAGAAGGAGCCUCAGUCUGAUAUUGGGUAUGAUCUUAGUCUCAAAGUGGACACAGAUCUUGGCGAGGAGUCUUCAGAAUUCCCCACUCCUUUAUCAGAUAACCUGAAGUGUCCAAAAUGUCCCUAUGUAGCCCAGUUCCGAUAUGAUUACGACCGCCAUAUUGAGCUUCACAUGCGAAAACGCACACAGACCUGUGUGGAAUGUCAGAAAUCCUUCGUUACCAUCGAAGAAUUGAAUGCUCACUUUGCAGAUGCCCAUAAGGAUGUCAUCAAUGAUGAGCGCCGUAACAUGAGCUAUAAACUUCACCCAGCUGAUUCAUGCUUCCCAAUGGAUGCCUUGCCUUUACAAGAUGGGAAAACACUGAAGUGCACCAAGUGUGACUACAUGGCUAGAUGGCCUACAGAGCUCCAGAAGCACGCAAUUACACACUCUACAGAUCGACCAUUUGUCUGCAUGGUCUGCGGGUCAAGCUACAAAUGGAAAUGGGAUCUGGUGAAACAUUUCGAUAAGAGCCACACAAUGUUAACCAAUCCAUACAAGAAGCGAGACAAUAGUCCAGGUGAUCCUCCAUCCCUAAUGACUCCAUCUGGCUCAAAUGAUGACUCGAGGGAUGGCGAUGUUAUCAUACUUGAUGAACAACCAGAGUUGAAGCGCCCCAGAUUGAAUAUUCCCGAAUACACCCCUAUCCAUUCUGAAGUCUCCCCUAAAUACAUAGAUACCCAACUCCUGGAGGGACCUCCCUUUAACAGACCCUUCAAGUGUGACCUCUGCCAGUUCAGCUCCAACUACAAAGGUGGCCUAGCUGUGCAUAGACGACACUAUCAUCACAUCUUGCCUCCAAAUAUGGACUCAGGUUCCCCGAGCCCUGCAUCGUCCACUAUGACGUCCCCGUCUCCUACGCUCUCAAUCCCUCAGUUCUCUGGCAUUGACUCAUUGGCCAAUCAGAUGAAGCAACUUCCUGUGACACCCAACAAUGUCUCUAAAUCUGGCUACACUAAAGUGUCAACCCCAGGGGGGUCAGGGGGGAGGUCGAAGCAAGUGAGGCAACCAGGCCCAGGGGCUAGUGCCGAGAUGCUGCUACCUUACAAGUGUACAGUCUGUGAAUACAGAGCAAGAUGGCCUAGCGAGAUAACACAGCACAUGAAGAACCAUUCAGAUGAGAAGCCGUACCAUUGCCCACGCUGUACAUACAAGUCCAAAUGGAAGUGGGACGUUGUGAAGCAUCUCAAGAGAUGCGGAGGGGGAACUAUUAAAGAUGUCAUAGACACCACAAAACAGAAGGAUCGUAGCAGACCUAAGUUUGCCCCACCGAAUGUAACUGUGAUGUCAUCAGGAGGGUCUAAUACAGCAACCCCUGCACAGCCUGCAUACAUUUACUCACCUCUCCCCCUGAACCAGAACUACAAAGUGGUUCCCACGCCACCCCAGCAGCAGAACUCAAGCCCCCUGGGAGGAAACAUCCUUUCCUCCAAGGGACCCCAGGAGACGAGUCAAAACAUCUCUGACCCAAAUUUUAACAACAUGAUUAAUCAGGGUCAGUAUAUCUGCCUACAAUGUCCAUUCAUCGGCAAUAGCCCAGCGGAGCUUAAGCGCCAUUCUGUUCUGCAUUCCGAUUCCAAGCCGUAUGUGUGUAAAUCCUGUGGAUACGGCUCCAAGUGGAAAUGUGACCUAAAGAAACAUCUAAGGACAUACAACCACGAAGCUCUUGACCCUGAACUUGCUGCGGCAAUGGCAAACAGUCAGGCUUCAACAGAUGAUAAACCAGAUGAACCACUUCCUGAGAUGGAGAAGCAAAAGUCCAAUGAGACUGUCCUUUCAGCGCCUGUGUUCCCCACCCCCAUGCUAGUCCAGGGGACCCAGCACUCUAUGAUGCUUCCCAUUCAGCUCCCAGGACAAGACCCAGAGGAUGACAGAUCCUCACAGGUGUACAACUGCCCCCAGUGUAAGUACACAACUACUAAGAAACACAUGCUAGAAGCCCACCAGAGGAUCCACACGCAACCAGGGAAAAAACCAAGCAACAGGCUGACAUGUAAACAGUGCGAAUUUGAAGCUGAAGACCUACCCACAUUCCUGCAACAUAAACUCACCCACUCUGCCCAACAAACAGAUGAUGGCACCGAUCUCUUAUCUGAGAUCCAGGGGGACCGCAAACAUCGCCGUAAGCCCGUCAAGCAAUUUAGAUGUCACAAAUGUCCAUAUGUAUGCUUUAAGAAAUCAGGCCUAGAGCAGCAUGAAUCGAUGCAUGAACCUAGAGGAACAGACACAUUCAAGUGUGAUUACUGCGACUACAAUGUCUACAGCCGCAAUCUUCUGACUCAGCAUAUGCGUCUCCACCCUGAGUUCACUCAGCAGUAUGAAAAUGAAGACAGUGAAGAAGACUAUCAGCUUGAAUACAACAUGGAGCCCAAAGUUGGCUCAUCAAAACAGCGGAUCUUUCCAAAAUCAAAAGAUUCACGAUAUGACCACGAGGGGGCAGCAGUGGACCUCUCCGGGUCAGCAGACGAUGGAGAAAACAUCCCACCUGUCCUCCAAGCAGUUGGAUUGACAACACCUGCUGGAGCUGCAAUCAUGGAAUCCCAGAAGUCUCCAAAGAAGUUAUCCCCAACUGAGCAGAUUUUCUCCCCUAUGUUAACAUACUCAAUGCAAGGUUCCCCUACAAAGAAUAAUGGUAGCCCAGUUGCCCAUAGAUGCCCAAAAUGCCCAUAUGUGACUGGUCACAAGAUCAACUUUGAGAAGCAUAUCCGCAUGCACACAAUUCGCAGCAAGUUUGUGUGUGAAUGGUGUGACUGGAGCGCUGAUAGGCUGAACCUUCUCUGGCGUCACGUUAAGCUCAUCCACCCAGAGCAGCUUGAUACAUUCCAGCAAGAUAAGGACGAGAUAUAUGGGUUGAAACGCAAACAAGGACGCACAUCACCCAGUUAUACUCAGCAGAAUGGCAGUCCAAAGCAAGAUGGCGAUUCAUCACAAUCCCCAACUCCAGGGAUAGAUUUCAACUCUAAUACCUCCCUUAAGUCUAUGAGUCAAAGCUCAGCAGGACGUAAGAAAAACUAUUGCAACAAAUGCGGGUACUAUACAGAUAAUUUAUACAACCUCCAGCGCCAUCUGGAUCAGCAUAACAAGCCAGGGAGACAUGUCUGUGAUCGCUGCGACUAUAGCGUAGAUAGACUCAACUUGCUGUAUCAACAUAUACGUGGUGUCCACGGUGACCAAAUGGAUGGUAAAGAUCCUAUUCUAGAUGAGGAGGCAAGAUCUGAUGAGGAUAUUGAUGGUGCAACACGUGAAUACAUCAAUGAGAAGGUGAUCACACUUGGACCAAAACUCUACAAAUGUGGGGCUUGCGAUUUUACAACUCAAAACAUAAGCAUUUGUAACAGUCAUGCUAUGAGACAUGGGAGCAAUAGCCAAUUCACGUGUGACUUCUGCGACUUCAGUAUGGAGAACAUGAAUGGAGUGUACCAACACAUGGUCACAGUCCACUUACAGAGCCUUAGGCAACAGGAGAACCUGGAGAGACUCCCUGAGGAAACAGAACCUGAGCUCUCCCACUCUCACCCCCAAGGGGGCCUUGAGUACAGAGAAGGUCACAUAAUGAAAUGUCCCGAGUGCCCCUUCAAGAGCAUGGUAGUUGAAUCCAUGGAGCGUCAUAGAGGGAGACAUGGGUACAAGGGGAAAUACACAUGCGAGCAUUGCAACUAUAGCCUUGACAGAGUUAACCUGCUGUACCACCACAUGCACCUACAUGAGAAAUCAAACUCGAAGUUGAUGAAUAGUAACAGCAUGGUCCCCAUGAAUCUGAGUCGAUCACAUUACAUGGAACUAGAGCCAAAACCAAAACGAUCAAGGGCAACUGAAUCUGGAGGGACUAGCUCAAGGGUAAAGAUCCGCUACAAGUGCACCAGAUGUCCGUAUGCUACAUUCUGUAAGCAGAACAUUUUUAAGCACAAGAAGCAGCAUCUUAUUAAGAGUAAAUACAGAUGCGAACUCUGCACUUACAGCGCCACUCGUUGGUUUCUUCUUCAACAGCAUAUGAAGUUUCACGACUCCGAAGAUGAUCCCACCACUCAACGUUCCAUAUUCCAAGACAUAUUCCUUGACCCUGAAGAAGAUGAUAGCGUUGUUGAAAUCGAACGCAGUAAAGUACCAUCUGGCACCUACAAGCAAGAUCCAGACAAACUGGAGGCUUUGGCACGUUUGAAAAGCUCUGCUGCUGUUGCGAAGAAGGCAAAGGACAUCAAAUGUCGACUCUGUGGAUUUGAAACAAAUUCUGAUGUUGAGUUCUCCACACAUGUGGAGUGUCACGAAUCAGGCCAGAGAUACAGGUGUGACUAUUGUGACUUCAUCACUAACCAUAUCAACUCUCUACAUGGUCAUCGUCGCCAGCAUUGUCACGAUUCCUCCUUUAUAGAGAACCCACCACUUGAGAACAUACUCAACAGAAACUUUCACGAGAUUGAGUACUUUAAAAUGGAAGACUCUAGUAUCGGAGUGAAUAUGAAUAUAAACUAUGAGUCACCCAAAGUGAAUUAUGAAUCGCCCAAUCCAAGUCCCAUGAGUGUAAAAUCUGAUGAUAACUCGAAGUCCGCAUCACUGAAAAGCGACCAAUCAGAUUAUGAAUGUGCAUUCUGCGGGUUUGUGUUUUUGACGGAAGGGGAGCACAUGAGUCACACGCAGCAGCACGGUGCCAAUAAAAAAUAUGUGUGCGAUUAUUGUGAUUGGUCGAAUGAUGUAUUAGAAGAUGUGUAUGCACAUAGGAACCUUGUUCAUAUACGCUCUUCCAACUAUGAUCCCCACCCGUCUGAAGAUGAACUUAAAAACAAAGACACCAGUUCAUGUAGUGAAAAUGAAUCAGUUGAUAAUUCAGAUGUGAACAGUAAAAUGAUGUAUAAAUGCGACCAAUGCCCAUUUGAAUGUAGCAGCAAAAGUGCUCUUGGUGGCCACAUGAGGUUCCACGUCAAUGCAGGACGUCACAAAUGCGAUAAAUGCAAUUUCAGCAUUGAUAAACUAAAUCUGUUAUACCAGCAUAUGAAACUUCAUUUGAGUGGUUCCACCUUCGCCAAUCAUUACCAGUGCCGAAAAUGCCCCUUUAUUACAAAAAAUCGAGACAUUCUCCAGUUCCAUGUUGGUUGCCAUGGCAGUAAUUGUCAAUUCAAAUGCAACUUUUGUGACUAUGCAGUGGAGAGGUUGGCAUCUUUGGAGCAACAUAAUAAACUGCAUUCAUCUAAAUUCAAUGUCAGUGACUCAGAUCUGCCUGUACAUUCGUUAAAACAUUAUAAAGAAGUACGUGAAAAUCAGUUGUUGAACUUUAGUCUGAAGGCCCCCGAGAAUGGACAUUCUGAUCAUGACAAACCACAUGUUAAUCAUGACAAACCCAAGCUUAAUGGAGGUGAAAAUGAGCCUGAUGCCCCUGAGGACUAUAUGUCUGAUACUGAUGAUUACGAGACCCAUGAUGAUGAUCUUACCUCUACAUCUGGUGUUAAACUUACCCCAAUACGUGGCAAGCCUCUAAAACAACACUUAUGUUCAAAAUGCCCGUAUAAAACCACCAACAAGAGUAACUUCAUAUCACAUCUUGCUCAGCAUCGAGCCCAGAGUAAAUUCACAUGUCCGUAUUGCGACUACAGCAGUGCACGGAUGGACCAGAUUGGAAUGCAUAUGAGACUGCAUUUUCCAGAGGCUGAAUUAGAAGCAAAAUCAAUUGAGCUGCUCGUUGCAAAUAAUGACUCUCCCGCUGAUUUAACAAUGGGAGGAAACGUUGAUGAGGAAAAUAAUAUAACAGACAAUAAGGUGUCUGAUUUGAAAUGCAAGGCCUACAAUAAAACCACUACCUGCCAACAUUGUAACCAGAACCUUGAUAAUAUAGAAGCACACGAGUGCCAGCGUCAUAUCAUUGGAUACUAACUUAUGUAUUUAUAUUGAUUUAAAACAUGUCCACUGAAAGACUUACUUAACAUUAAAUUAGAUGCAUUUAUUAGCAAAAACAUGACUUUAGAUAGAAACACAUUUUAUAUAAUAUGUGUUCAGAUUGUAGAUAGAUGGUGAGCUGAGAAUUUUCUGAUGUGAACAUAGUAAUUACUGAGUUACAUGUAAAACUAAUACAAUGCUGCUUUCUCUCUAUAUCCUGUUACGAAUCUAAAAGUAUGUUAAACAUGACAAUAUAGUGAAUAAGUCACAUACAAAAUGUUGUCUAUUUGACAUUAAGGUGACUUACAUCUGAUACUAACAUGACGAGGUUGUGAUCUUUUAAAUUUAUUUACACCUAUACCAUUCCAUGUUUUUUUUUUGUUAUAUUCAGCACUUGCUUUUCCUGAUGGCCAACUGUUUAGGCCUCGUGUUGAAGAUAUGUUAAAUCUUGAAUAUUGUAGUUAUUGUAUUUUGCUUAGUUAGUAAUUAUUGCUUUGCUUUAACUGAAUAAUGACACAAUAAUAUGUAUAUAUUGCAAUACCAUAUUCAUGCUGCAAUAUCACAUUCAUAAUGCAAUAUCACAUAAAAAGCAAUAUCAUUGAUAAGUAAAUGCGUUUACAGGUUCUACAGCAAUUAAAAUUAAGAUGUAAAUCAAUGAUGAUUAAAUUAUAAAUUAAAGAUGAUGCAAUAAUAUAUUAUGGAUUAGAAAUAAGGUAGAUUAUUCAUUUGGCAGCUGUAUUUGUCUACAGAUGUUUCACAGCUGCAUUGUAAUUAUAGAUUGUAAAUAUUUUGUGUAUAAAGGUUGAAAAGACCCAAAUGUGAAUCUAUGAAUUUAUAUCAUAUACAGACGUAAUCAAACUUCAAUUUUUGGUUUAUUUUGAAACCAUUUUGCAAUGUUGUUGUGGAUGUUACAAAAACUGCAUAGUUGUCAUGGCAACUUGGGCACAUUUAUAUAACAUCAGGGGAAUCCCCUUUCUGAAAGGGAACGGUGUAGAAUGCCAUGAUUUUUAUUAUGUAGAUUUUGAAAUUAUCCACUUAGCAAUUAUUCUCUCUUGCCAGGAGUGCUUUCUUUGUGUAAUAUAGGAUAUAUAUUUUAUUUCAUAUUCUUUUAUUUCAUGUAUACAUAUUAUAUCAUAUUUGUAGCUAAUAUAGUUAUUAGACAUUAGGUUAACAUUUUUGUUAUAUUAGGUUUAUAUAUUGGACUGUGUAAUAUUUACUGGUGCAAUCGUAUCUACUUACUGUUUAUCAGUAAAUCUGAUUUUCUUUGUUGUAAAACGUUCAGUGCAGAGAGUGUUAAAUCAUUCAGUCUUUGAAACAAAGCCACUUUAAAGGGGGAAUCAGUCACAGAGAAUAAUAUUUUUAAUGUUGUGGCAAUUUUGAAAUCUGUGAUUCAUAAAAAAUGUAAUUUCAAUUUAAAUCUUAGUUAUCUCCUCCCAUUUAAAAAGGUAUUAUGAAACAUUUCCAUAUUUAAAUAUUAAAACGAACAGAAAAUAUGAAUUCCCAGUUUCCUAUGGCAUAUGCUACCUUUAAAACAUUUAAUGAGAUUUGGCUAAAACUUCAACUUUUAACCGAAAAUCCAAGAUUGGUUUUGGAGCUCGAUAUUUCCUUUUUCCCAAAUGAAAACAUCAACUGUUCUGAACUUUUUAUGACUUGUUAAGAAUUAUAUUAUUACAUGAUAAUAAACUAGAGGCAAUAACAAACCGUGGCAGCGUGCAAAAUUCCUUGAUAGAAACUGUACACAAUUUGAUGGCAAAUAUAGCGAUAAUUAAACCAGUGAAAUUAAUUUGCAAAUAUAGAUUUUUUCUGUAUACUUGGUAACAGACACCUUGGCCAUUCGUGUCUAAUUAGAUGCAAAUUUUAUGUUUUGGUGAUAAUUUUCGUAAAUAUUUGUUUUAAGUUGUUACAUCUACAAGGCAGGUGAAGGACGCAUAUGCAAUAUAAAGUGAUUAAUACUAAUUAAUUAAUUAAUCAAUUAAUUGAUUAGAUAUUUAUAUAUUAGUUUAUAUAUAUUAAUAGUUUAGUUUAUAGUUAGUUUAAUUAGCUAUUAGUUUAAAUCAGAAUACCGUGAGAUUUAUUUGUAAAAUAUGAUUUUGCUAGAUUUCUAUAUGAAAUACUUUGUAUAUAAUAUUCUGUAGUUUUGAAUAUGGCAGAGCCUUUACUCUGUACUAUUAUUGUACAGUCAAACUUUGUUGAAGAGGAGGGCUUUAAAUUAACUCUUGCCUGUAUGUAUGUAUGUGAUAAAACUGAUAAACUCUGAACCAGGAAAACAAAAGAAAUAGUUGUAAACAUACAAUGUACUAUAAUUGUGUAUUAUCAAUUAUGGUAUAACAUAAAAUGAUAAGUUAUGAUUUGAGUUUUCCUUUAUGUACCUACCUUAUGUGUUAUCUAAACAUAGACAAAUAAUCCUCUUAUUCCUGAUUUGAAAGAAAUCUCAAUAUGCAGCAUAGUUUGCCCAUAUUUAUUUAUUUAUAUGCAUUUUCAAACCAUUAUUUAUGUAACCUAAUAUGGUAAUCUCAUCUUAAGUGUAUCGUAUGAGUCUAAGUAUGACAUUAUAAACAGAGAUUUCAGUUACUAUUGAGAUAAAGACAAUAUGUAGUCCCAUUUUAUUGUGAAACCUGGUUUAUUGUAUAUUUAUUGUAUACUAAGUCAUUGUAUACUUUGCAUUAUCAUCUGAGUACAUAGCUAGUCUACUCAAUUGUCUUUCACUUACCUAAUAAUAUCAUUUGAGUAAAAGUAGAGUUUUAGAAGUAGAAUGAACCACACUACUGCUCGUGUUUAUUUAGAAAUAAUUUUGUGUAUUUACAUUUUAUAAUUAUGAACAGUGGUGUAUUUUCAAGCAGAUUGCAUUAAAAGAACAUGUUGAAGGUAAAUGUAUUGCAAAUACAGGGUGCCCAAAAGUAGGUUUACAGUUAAUAGAUUUUGUUAAAUUGCUGUAAAUCUACUUUUUGG